AAAGUCAAGCAUGGGCUCCGAGGUUUACCAUUUCCCCAAACUGGAGUGAAAAUAUCAUGAUAUCGCUCUUAAACGUGGGUUUUUAACAGGUUUUAAUGUCACACCACGUUUUGUUGACGCCAUGGACUGCAUCUGCAUCGCUAAAAAGGCUGUAUUUCUUCUGGAACCGAUUUAGUCCAUUGUGUGAAUCAUGGAAUAUGUAGAAAGACUGCUGGCAAAUUUGGUUGAUGACAUAAACCAAGGAACACUAACGUGGUACGUAUGAUUCAUCGCCACCUUUGAUCCAGUCUUCAUCAAGGUUUAUUUCAGAUAACUUGAACAAUGUCUGCAGCGGCCAGGCAUCUGCCUCUGUGGGCACCUACCAGGUUGUGCACUUUUGUGCACCCUGUUCUGCAACGCCAACAAGCCCCCGCAUUGCUGUAUUGCACCUCUGCAUUCCCAACCAGGAUGAACCCCAUAGACAUCCAGAUGCUCUCCAAACCCCUUCACGACCAGAUCUUCCAACAGGAGCCCACUUAUCCAACGGAGGACGUCGAAAGAAGCGUUCGUCAUCUCAAGACGCACGACUUGUGGGGGAAGGAGACGUCCACUCUCCCAGAGGUCGACUUCAAGUUGCCGGACUUACUGGGCGAAAAUAUCGACGAACAUUUUAAGGAAAUAGCGAGACAGCAGAGUAAACCAUACUUGGAUGCCGCUCAGGUGCUGGCAAAUAGUCGCCUUCCCACAAUGCCUCGGGAGUGGAGGUGGUCCAGAGGAUGGACAAGGUAUGAUGGGAAGGGUGAUGUGACUGCUGUGGACUACCCUGAUGAGGAGGCACUAGUGUUUGAUGUGGAGGUGUGUAUGAGUGAGGGAGACUUCCCCACACUCGCAACAGCAGCAUCCCCCAAUGCCUGGUACUCCUGGGUAAGUGACAGACUGCUGGAAGACCACUACAGCUGGUCCCCGCGUCCGACCUUAGAUGACCUCAUCACCAUGGAGACGGCAGUGGGGUCCAUCAAACCCGGCGGUGCGGACUGGAGGGAGAAGGUUGUGAUUGGUCACAACGUCAGCUACGAUAGGAGCUACAUUAAAGAGCAAUAUUUCAUGAAGGGUCCUAAGACCAGGUUCCUGGACACCAUGAGUCUACACAUGGCCAUCUCUGGCCUCACCAGCUUCCAGAGAAUCCUGUGGCUGGCCAGCAGGGCGGGGAAGAAACAGGGUCUGAAGGACGUCAGGGAGUACACCAGCAAGACAAGGAAACAGUUCAAAGGACAAGGGAUUGGAGGCUGGGACUGGCUGAAUGUGAGCAGCAUCAACAACCUGGGAGACGUCCAUGUUUUAUACACGGGAGGUCCCAAACUGAAGAAAACUGAGAGGGACGUCUUUGUGAAGGGCACCCUGGAAGAUGUCAGAAAUCAGUUUCAGGAGCUGAUGACAUAUUGUGCCAAAGACGUGCAGGCCACACAUGAAAUCUUCAGCAUGCAGCUGCCCAUGUUUCUGGAGAGGUUCCCCCACCCUGUAACACUGGCAGGAAUGUUGGAGAUGGGUCAGUGUUACCUGCCUGUGAACAGUAACUGGGAGAGGUACCUGCGAGAUGCUGAGGAGACCUUCCAGGACCUGCAGAAGGAGAUGAAGCUGUCACUCAUGCACCUGGCUAAUGACGCCUGCCACCUCAUGCAUGAUAACAGAUACCAGGAGGACCCUUGGCUGUGGGAGUUGGACUGGUCCACCCAGGAGCUCACACUGAAAAAGGAAGCAGCUGCCAAGAAGAAGAGGGUUAAGGUUGAGAAGACUGAUGAAACUGAAAAUCAGAAUGUUGAACCCGAUGGGAAAAGCACAAAGAAAAAGAAGAAGAAGGGAAAGAAAGAAGAAGCAGAGGAGGUUGAGGAUCAGGAGGAGACAGAGGAGGAUCGGGUGCAGAGAGUGCUGCAGACUGCAGACAGACUACCCAAGAUUAAAAGGCACAUGCCGGGAUAUCCUACGUGGUACCGAGACUUGUGUCCCAAAAUGACCGGCGUCUGGUCUCCCGGACCCAACCUGAUCAGCGCCCAGGCGCGCGUCACCCCCAAACUGUUACGUCUGCGCUGGGACGGGUUCCCGCUGCACUACGAUGCCGGCCAGGGGUGGGGGUACCUGGUGCCGGGCAGAACAGACAACAUGGGCGGGGCAGACGGACAGGACAACGCAGGGAGGAACUUCCCUACCAAAGCAGUUUUUGAUGUGUACAAGGAGUAUUUAAAGCAAAAGAGAGACACUAAGGACAAAGAGCCACUUGAUCAAAGGUACAGUGGCUGGGCAAACGAUGACAUGUGGGAGCACAUCCUGGAUCUAUCACAGAAAAGCAAGGGGGAGGGGAAUGGGGAUGUGGAGGAGGACCCCAUCUAUGACUCGAGUGUCCUGUACAGUAAUGGAGAGAGUGCACCAGAGUUCCACCGGGGAGUGGGGCCUUACAACGAUGUGGACCUGCCCGGUGUGUGGUUCUUCAGACUUCCCCACAAGGAUGGAGCCAAGUUCAAGGUGGGGAACCCGUUAGCGAAGGACUACCUGAACAAGAUGGAGGACGGCACGCUGACGGCCGCGGCGGGAGGGCCCGCCAACAGGACGCUGGAGGUCAACAAGAUGGUGUCCUUCUGGCGGAACGCGCGAGACAGGGUCACCUCACAGAUGGUGGUGUGGCUCAAGAAGAAGGAGUUACCUCGUAUCGUCUCAAGAAACUCAGACUAUGAAGAGGAGGGUUUAUAUGGAGCGAUCAUUCCCAGAGUCAUCACAGCGGGAACAGUCACACGCAGGGCCGUGGAACCAACAUGGCUGACAGCAAGUAAUGCCAGGCCUGACAGAGUAGGUAGUGAGCUGAAGGCCAUCAUACAGGCUCCACCUGGUUACCACUUCAUCGGUGCAGACGUGGACUCACAGGAGCUGUGGAUCGCUGCCAUUCUGGGGGACGCAAACUUUGCAGGGUUCCAUGGCUGCACUUCUUUUGGCUGGAUGACCCUCCAGGGGAAGAAGAGCAGUGGAACAGACCUGCACAGUAAGACAGCCUCCACCAUCGGGAUAAGUAGAGACCAUGCAAAGGUCUUUAACUAUGGCCGCAUCUACGGAGCUGGGCAGCCGUUUGCUGAGAGGCUGCUGCUACAGUUCAACCACCGCAUGACCCAGGAACAGGCUUCAGAGAAGGCCAAGCAGAUGUACGCUGCCACAAAGGGGGUUCGAGAGUAUAAACUUUCUGAGGCAGCCCAGCAGGCUUUAGCAGAGCUGGGAGGAACGACACAGUCUGGUACAGAGUGGGUCUCACUGGCUGAAGUUCGCAGCCUGUCCAGGGCUGUCAGGAAGAAGUUGUUUCUGGGUUCAGGUCAGUUGGACAUUAUCGCUGGCAGACGUUGGGUAGGUGGGACAGAGUCGGAGAUGUUCAACAAGUUGGAAAGCAUCGCCAACUCAGCAGAACCUCGCACACCAGUCCUGGACUGCCGCAUCAGUAGAGCUCUGGAACCCGCCUACGUGAAGAGUGAGUUUGUGACGAGCCGUGUGAACUGGGUGGUCCAGAGUUCUGCUGUAGACUACCUGCACCUCAUGUUGGUGUGCAUGCGCUGGCUCUUCAACAAGUACAACAUCGACGGGCGCUUCUGUAUCAGCAUCCAUGACGAGGUGCGUUACCUUGUGCGGAGUGAGGACAGACAUCGGGCAGCCCUGGCCCUGCAGAUCACUAACCUGCUCACACGCAGUAUGUUUGCCUACAGACUGGGCAUGGAUGAUCUGCCGCAGUCUGUAGCCUUCUUCAGUGCUGUGGAUGUGGACACUGUCAUGAGGAAAGAGGUGAACAUGGACUGUAAAACCCCCUCCAACCCACAUGGACUCACCCGGGGGUAUGGUAUCCCACCAGGAGAUGCUCUGGACAUCUACCAGAUUUUGGAGAAAACCAACAGCAGCCUGAGAAAAGAAGAUCAGCCCAGAGAGAAGAAAGCAAACAAAAGGAUUUCUAUAGGACAAUAAGAUCUUUUUGUUACUUUUUUGUGGAAGUUAAGAAAGAUUGUUUUUUUUUAUAC